UCUGUAACCUACAGCCAUGGGAUCAAGGCUCUAUCCCGCUGGGAUCCUCAUCCUCCACUGCCUGCUGAUGCUCCUCGUCCAUGUGGACAGCAAAGCUAACCAGAACCACUCGGAGUCUGACAGACAGCGUCAUCUCCGAUCACACAAUCUGCACAGACCUCCAUACGAGGGUUACGAUUGGCACAAACACUAUAACCGAGGCUCGGAAGCAAACGCGGCAGUUCCAAAGGAAAAGGAAAAGGAGCCUUCCAAACCCAGAGCAGGUCAUUUGAAACAGAAGGAACGAACAGCUAAGAAUAUUUCGCACUGGAGGAGAAGUCAGCGCGUUUACCAAAAAGAAAAAUCAGAGCUGGAGGAAUUGGAUCGAGUGAAGAAUCUAACUGAUGAGGAACUGAAGAUAUUCUUUGACGGCGAACUUUCUACUACAGCAAAGUACGUAUUAUUUAAGGACAUUCUGAGCGUUGUUAAGAUCUUGAAAGCGGUGAAAAAAAAUGGAGCUGUAACCGACAACGAGAGACACAUGCUAUCUCCGAAACUGAAACCAUUGAUUUUAAGAUUCGGUCGCAUGUUUGAAAAGGAAUUUGGCAAAAACCCGAAAGCCUUCCAAGCUUUGAAGAUCCUUGUGGAGGAGGUUAAGAAAAAUGACAGCAAAGGGAAUAAAUAUAAAAGAUCUCUUCAUCGUCGUCGUGGCAAUUAAAUUGGCUAUGCCUGCUGAAUUGUAGUCCCUAAUUUGCAGCUAUAACGUAAAGUUUGUAAUCUACAUACAAAUUGGUCUGUUAAUAAAUCGAAUUACAAUCAUU